AUGAUGGAUAUCCCAUCGUCAAGUGGACAACACACUGAGAUAACGGGAGAACACAUUAGAGACACAUUGACCAGGUUGAGUUCAGUACCAGAUGUCAGCCUGUUAACGGCACUCCUGCUGUUUCAAAUACUAAUGAGUCCUUUGAAGAUGAUCUUAUGGUAUCCGAACAAAACGUAUCUAAAGAACACACAACCUGUGAAGUGUCCGAAGUUUCCAUUCCAAGAAGAUUCGAAAGAUUGCGAUCAAGACCACCACUGGACUAUAAACAUGCACACGCUCAUUCAAGGUGUGGCGGAUGCGAUGAACAUGACUGAUACUCUAUUCAUUUAUAUAUUCAUUAUUCCCUUGUUUGAAUAUUCCAUAUGCGGUAUAUAUAUGCCAAUUCGAAUACAUACGUGCUACUGGUUACGCUGCGCUGAAUUCUGGAUUUCUAGUUUGUCUGGUUAG